CCUUCCCUCUCAUAAAGAUAUCCCAAAAAUCCCAGAGAGAGAGAGAGAUCAGAGAGAAGAAAACCCUAAUCUUAAAGUAACUAGCUAAGCUAUAAAUCUCUCACUCGACGCUGAAUCAUGGUCGCCCCUGUUGAUCCUGUACCUCAAUCUCCAGAUGGGUUUUACGCAAUCAACAACCCGUUUCUAGAAAGUGGACCAAAAGGGUUGAUGGAGUUUAAGACGUUGGAGAACGAAGACACCUUCAUCAGGUUUGAUCUUCCCGGUGUUCCACAAGAUGGUGUGAUAGUUUUCAUUGACGAGUCCAAAAAAGCUGUAACGAUCUACGCCUAUGCACCCAAGGAGAACAUCCACGACGGCUCUCACCGGAGCUACGGUAUAACCUUUAAACCGAAACUCAAAGUCGGCCGUACGAAGACCCAACUCGUCUGUAAAUGCCAUGAUAUCUCCGGCUUCACUUCCCACAUGUCCGAUGGUGUUCUCCGGCUUAUCCUCACCAAGACCCACAUUGCUACUCAAGGCCCUUGCUUCUCGCUUCUUGGUGGCUCAGACAGAGAAGGUAGCUAUUGCACGGCUCGUCGUCACGGCUUUCUCCCUGGCACGGAUCCUAAUGACCCCAACUUAACUGGUCCGAUAUUGAUGCCACACGCUGGUGUGAACGAAGGAUCGCCGAUGGCCUAUGAGUCGAAGCUGCUCCCAAACGGCAAACUAUAUGUGCGUGUAGACAUGCCUGGCGUUCCAAAAGAGAACUUCAAUGUCUCUGUCACGAAUGGGAGAGUGAAGGUGACUGGUGAAGCUCCUGCUCGUGGCCACGACUCUGCUAGCCGUUUCUACUCUGGUGACGUGGCUGUGCUCUCCGCUCCUGUUGACCUUCCUAGCCGUCGGGUCAAAACCAUUGCCAAGAACGGUGUGCUUCGCCUCCUCAUCCCUUCAGUUUGAUGAUUUCAUGAUGAGACUUUGUGUUUGUUAUAUCUGACGUCUUUCAUCUGGAAUGGACCCUUUUUCCCCGGUAAUAUGUCGGGUUAUGUUUUAUGAGUACUUUGCAUGAUGUCCCAACGACAGAAACUUAUUUUGUCUAACGCUCUACUCUUUAUUGAGUCACUCUAAAUUGUUAUCA